AUGGCGAAUCAAGCCGCAAGGGAAGAGGCAGAGGCGAAGCUGUCACCUCCUGCAUCUCCUGGCUCGAUUUCUUCUCCUUCCUCCCCUUCUUCACCAUCCUCUUCAGCCAUAUACGUUGCGUACGAGAGAUUGGCUAAAGGACUGCUGAAACAAACGAACCAGGGGAUUGUCAAAUCUGUGCUAGCACAGAAAUACGACAAGCUGGUGGACGACAUCUUUGAUGGAGGAUACAGGGCCCCCAAAAUGCGCGUCAUCAUCGAGAGAGCUCGCGAGGCACAACAGAGCAGAGAACCUUGCGAGUGGAAGGGUCCAGCCGCGAAGCCUUCGGUCCGACGGCAGGUGCAGCAGAUGCUGCGAGCAGCUCGCACAAAGUUGGAGAAGAAAGAAUACAAAGAAGAAGAGGACGGGAGACCACAAGUGGCUCAAGUCUGCAAGAUCGAGGAGGAGAACCCUUCAACGGUCCUUCUUCACCCCCAACCAUCCAACCACAGCCCCCCUCCACAGCCCCUCUCUGAUCGUUCGCCUCCUUCGCUUCCUGGCGCCUUCAAGCCCUCGCGUCCUCACCAUGUCGAGGCACAGGAGACCUCCUUCCUGGAACCAGAACUAGCGGAACAGACAGCUAGUUCCGCUGCCCCCGCUGCUCGUCGCGUUUCUGUGAGGAGAUCGACAGACGCUGAUCGUCCGAGGGCAAAGAACAAGAAGAAAGUCUCGAAUCGAACUCACAAGACCGAAGACGAGCCCGCACAAGAGCCUCCUGUCGUCCAGGAGGAGAGGCAGCCGCAGUCUCGCUCACCGGCUUCUUCUCCUCGACUUCCUACCCGGGGCAAAACUUCAGGGUCGACGCGGCAGGACGUGCCAAGCGAACCGACGAGAAGAAGCGAGAAAGUUGGAGGAGCCUCAUCGAUGAAUUCUCUUCCUCCUCCUUCUCAUCACCACGAGCAAACUCAGGGACCCCCCGGGACUGCGAGGAUCUGGCAGUCGAGCGGGGAGGUGAAGAGAGUCAGGAAAGUUGACAAGGCCACUCAGUGGGCACGGAGGAAGGAGGAGGCAGCUGAGCCCUCAGCUCGUUCAAGCCCUCGCGAGCCCGCCCCAAGGAAAGAAGAAGAGAUUCUUGCAGUUGAAGUUGCGCAGGAAUCUCCGCCACCGGCUGGGAGUGUCAAGACUUCUCUGUUCCUGACUCCUCGUCCUCCCAUGCCCUCGACAGCCCCCACCAGAACCUCCAGCUCUCCUUCGGCUCUCCCUCACCAACAGGCUCGGACGCCAAUGCGAGCCGCUGAAAAAGAAGAGCAGGAUCAGCUUCUGCCCUAUCCGACCAAGAGGACAACUUCUGUUCGCACGGGCCGGCAUGCGAGAACGAGCGACACCCAGGGGCUGGGUGCGGAGGAAGAGCUAGAGCUAGAGCUAGAGCUAGAGCUAGAGCUAGAGCUAGAGCUAGAGCUAGAGCUAGAGCUAGAGCUAGAGCUAGAGCUAGAGCUAGAGUUUCCUCUGCAGCAUUUUCAGCGCCAGAAGCAAAAGAUCGAACAACGAAAGCUGCCGCACGAGAAGCUUUUCCUCGACCUCCUGUGCUGCCAAAUGGACAACAAGUCGAAGCCUUUCUUUCAGACUCUCCUGCCCCUGCACGAACAAGCCGUGGGCAACGUCAGUUUCGCUUUGACAGAGGUCAAUGCCAGGGAGAAAGCAGCCCAGAGCGAAGGAGGACGCAGAGGGAGGAGAGAGGAGAAGGGGGAGACGAGAAAAUCCGACUUGCUGUAG